AUGCACAAUGAUAAGGCUAUUGAUAUGAAUACUGGAGAAAAAUUAAAGCCAGAAAUGAUUACGUUUUACAAUUCGACCAAAAGUGGUGUAGAUACUAUGGAUUGGAUGACUGAAAACUACAGUGUGGCAAGACAUAGUGCUCGUUGGCCUCUUACAAUAUUUUAUUCUCUACUCAAUAUCGGAGGACUAAAUUCAAUGAUUGUGUACCAAGAAAAUACGCAAGUAAAGAAAACACGUUUAGAAUUUUUGAAAUCAUUGGGUAGGCAACUUAUGGAGGAUCAACUAAAGUACAGAAUGACAAUUAGCAGUCUGCCCAGACCACUAAAAACAAGACUUCAAAAUUAUGUUACGGUUGAAAGAGAAGUGCUCCCUCAAAAGUUGAGAAGUUCGAACCGAUGUGCUUUUUGUGAAAGAGCGAAAGACAAAAAAACCACUAAAGUGUGCACCAAUUGCAUAAAGCCUAUAUGUAGAGAUCACUUGAUAGAAAUUUGCCCAGAUUGUUUUACAUUAUAA